UUUCCAAAUGACCAAAACCCUAGUCCGUAGCCUCCUUCACUCGCGCCGGAGGCAGCCUGCGAAACCCUAAUCCUUAGUUCGUUCCCCUGCAAAUCAACGAUGUCCGGAAGAAAGAAAACCAGGGAACCUAAAGAGGAAAAUGUGACUUUGGGACCAACUGUUCGAGAAGGUGAACAUGUCUUUGGGGUGGCUCAUGUAUUUGCCUCGUUCAAUGACACAUUCGUGCAUGUCACUGAUCUAUCUGGGAGAGAAACACUUGUUCGAAUUACAGGUGGGAUGAAGGUUAAGGCAGAUAGGGAUGAAUCGUCCCCUUAUGCGGCCAUGCUUGCUGCUCAAGAUGUUGCACAAAGAUGCAAGGAGCUUGGCAUCACUGCUCUUCAUAUCAAGCUUCGUGCCACUGGAGGAAACAAGACCAAGACACCUGGUCCUGGAGCUCAGUCUGCACUUCGAGCGCUAGCUAGGUCUGGGAUGAGGAUUGGACGCAUAGAGGAUGUGACUCCAAUUCCAACCGACAGCACCCGGAGAAAGGGUGGACGAAGAGGGCGCAGGCUGUGAUUUCUUGAGCCUUUUUAUAAUCCUUUUGGGCUUGAGAUCCAUCUAUGCGGAAGAGUUUUGCAAACUUAUAUUUCUUUUUCUGUUUUCUGUGGAUUUUGAAGAGAAACAGGUGGUAAUGAUGCAGAUUUUGUGUGCUAUGAAUCAUUCGUGAGGAAAAAUUUUAGCUGAAAUUUAGAUGAAGUCUUACUUAUAGAUUGUUUUAAUGUUGGUUCUUGGAUUAGCAAAAGGGAUAUGAAGUCUUGGAGACCUUUAAACAAAUUACCAAAAUGAAUUUUGAAAUUG